AAGAGGUUAGAAAAUUGUGAGAAAGAAAGAAAAAAAAUGGCUUUGCAUUGGUUAGAAGCCGUACUUCCUCUCGGAAUCAUUGCCGGAAUGCUCUGUGUCGCCGGAAACGCUCAGUAUUACAUCCACAGAGCUGCUCAUGGCCGACCAAAGCACAUCGGUAACGACUUGUGGGAUGUCGCCAUGGAACGAAGGGACAAGAAGCUCGUCGAUCAAGCUUCUAAUUAAUCACAGGUUGUUUAAUCAGAGUGUUUGUGAAGAGAAUAAAUUGAUUAAACGAUGCUCUCCAGCUGUUCCAAGGAGGCAGAGUAGAUCUCUACAAUUAAAUUUCCAUAUUUUUCAUAUUUUCUUGUAUGAAAUUUGACGUAAGCAUUAUGAUAUACAUAUGCUCUAAUCAAUUGUUUUCUUUUAGUUGAAUAUGGUGAAAUAGACCUGUGAUCUCUUUGAUGCUAUAUAACUUCUGUUGCUUUUUAAA